GCGCGCAGGCGCACACCUCCCGCCGGGCAGCAUGGCGGACGCGGCGCCGCAGCCCAACAAGAGAAAGCGCGAAGUGGAUGCCGAGGAGGUGGAGGCGCUCAGCACAGAGGGGAAAGAAGCGGGCGUUGGGAAUGGAACCUCUGCCCCUGUCCGCUUACCUUUCUCCGGCUUUAGAGUGAAAAAAGUGCUGAGGGAGUCUGCGCGGGACAAAAUCAUUUUCCUACACGGGAAGGCCUCACCUGUGGUUCUGCCCCUGGGCCCACUGAUGGUGUCUCACCCACAGGUGAAUGAGGCUUCUGGGGAUGGGGACGGAGAGGAUGCCAUUGUGAUCCUGGAGAAGACACCAUUUCAGGUGGACCACGUUGCCCAGCUCCUGAAAGGUAGCCCUGAGCUCCAGCUGCAGUUCUCCAAUGACAUCUACAGCACCUAUCACCUGUUCCCUCCAAGGCAACUGAGUGACGUGAAGACAACCGUGGUUUACCCUGCCACAGAGAAACACCUGCAAAAGUACCUGCACCGGGACCUCCGCCUGGUCCGGGAGACGGGCGACGAUUACAAGAACAUCACCUUACCGCACCUGGAGUCCCAGAGCCUCAGCAUCCAGUGGGUGUACAAUAUUCUCGACAGGAAGGCUGAAGCUGACCGGAUUGUUUUCGAGAAUCCAGAUCCCUCUGAUGGCUUUGUCCUCAUUCCCGACCUCAAGUGGAACCAACAGCAGCUCGAUGACCUGUACCUGAUUGCCAUCUGCCAUCGCCGGGACAUCAAGUCGCUUCGGGACCUCACCCCAGAGCACCUGCCACUGCUCAGGAACAUCCUCCAGGAGGGGCAGGAAGCCAUCCUGCGGCGCUACCAGGUGGCGGGAGACCGCCUCCGCGUGUACCUGCACUACCUGCCCUCCUACUACCACCUGCACGUGCACUUCACUGCCCUGGGCUUCGAGGCCCCUGGGGCAGGCGUGGAGCGGGCCCACCUGUUGGCGGAGGUGAUCGAGAACCUGGAGCAGGACCCCGAGCACUACGGCCGCCGCACCCUCACCUUUGCCCUCAGAGCUGAUGACCCCCUCCUCACGCUCUUGCAGGAGGCCCAGAGAAGCUGAGUUGGAAAAGAGCACUGAUGUGUAUGGUGGGGGUGGGGGGGGAGGGCAGCCGGAUUUUUUAGCACCAAGUGAAUUUUUUUUUUUUAAAUAUAUUUUGUACUGGCUUCUUCCCAGCAUGAGAAUAAACUAUCGGUCUCA